AUGGGGGACACGGUACAAAUUGCGAACAAAAACGUGGUUUCGCUGAACUAUCCAGCACCAAUCAAGAAACUGACAAAAGCCAGAAAAAUUCUCAGCGAGGAUGACUUCUCACAGGGCAUCAGCAAAAUUAUUGAGAGAGAUUUCUUCCCAGAUAUCCCCAAGUUGCAGGCCGAGGCUGAAUAUUUUGAAGCGCUGGACAAAAAUGAUUUGGUCAAGCUGAGAGAAAUACAGAUGAGAUUCUCAAAACGACUAGACACAGGAGCUACAGAUGUUUCAGGUACACCAGCAACAUUUGAGACACCGGAAGGCAGGCGGAAGACAACGCCAGCUGGUAAGAAGCAGCCCACUGCUGAACAGCCACUGCAGAAUAUCAACACAAACCUGGAUGUUGAAGAAGAUUCCACAGAUGAGAAAGAUAACGAUGCACCAAAGUUGUCUCUGGAUUCUUUUCUGUCGAAGAACACGAGCGAGGACAGUGCUUCAUUUGUGGAGAUUCUCAGCGAGGCUGAGCGCAAGCACCGGAUGAAACAUGCCUGGUUGUUUGAGAAGGAGCAGGAGCAGCAGCAGGAGCACUAUGAGAUGAUGUUAGUUCCUUCAAUCGAGGAGCAGGCGGCAAUUACAGACAGAUCAGCACAUGUCAACACCUGGAAGUACACCAACCAGAAUGCUGUCAUGUAUGUACCAGAAGGUGUGGAUCUGAGUGCUAAAGAACUCAUAGAGCUGCAGAAACACAAGCCCCGGGAGAUUGUCCAUGGGAACACACGGUUUACUCACUGUCCCUUCAGUAACACCAAGAGCAAAGAGGCCAUGCAGAAAGCAGCGUGCUUUAGGGCACUGAUCAAUCAAGGUAAAAUUGGCCACGAUGGGAAAGAGAUUCAAGCUGGCCAGUCGCCACAGGUCAAUGGCUAUGGUUUUGUUGGCACGCCCUCACCUGCCCCAGGUGUGUCGGAGUCUCCGCUGAUGACCUGGGGUGAGAUUGACAGCACACCCACACGACUGGAUGCCAACAGUGAUUUGUUUCUCUCUACAACUCCUGGCCCUGUAUUUAAGAUUCCAGCGGUCCCCAAACGAGACAGGUUAGCUCUGGAGCUGUCGGAGAAGGCCAGCAAGGCACACAGAGCAAAGAAGGAGGAAGCUAUUAGGCAGGUGACCAGGAGGUUCGCCAGUCCAUCCCCAACCUCCAAGAUCUGCCUGAGUUCAUCAGACCGCCUGAGUUCCAUGUCUCCUGCAGCUCAAAGAUUGGCCAGCAAACGACUCGGCAUCAAGACAUCCUCAGACAAAGCACUCCUGGCUAGCUAUUCCCCAAGUCCUUCACCCACACACAGGCUUCCUGGAACGCCCACUCCAGUGAGACUGACACCAGGGUCAAGACGAUCAAGGGGUUCUUUGCCCGGAAGUCCAGCUGGGUCCACACCAGACAGUAGUCGAGGAAGUGCCACACCCACAAAUGAGCCUGCCUCCCUAACAGAUCACCUUCUCAACUUGCCCAAAAGGAAAAGGAAAUCUGCAGCAGACUUUUUCUGA